AUGCGUUUUCUCUCUCUUUCACCACUUCUCACCUUCAUGAUGGCUCCGAUUUCCACAGAAGAGCUUUAUCAAUUUCACAAAACUCACCGUGAGGUCUUCUGUUUUCUGGUCUUCAAACUACAUCGCGACCUAGCAAAGUCCCUUCUAGUCAUGGCCUUAUGGAUUUGGCUAGAAUACAAUGGAUACCCCCAAAUCACCCAUGAAGUGAUGGACGUGCCUUACACUUUUGUCAAUGGUCUUGUUGAUGAAGCUGUCUCUUGUCUGGAAUGCUUAGAAGAAGAAAAUUUUGUCGUCCCAAAUAAUGGUGGAUUACCCUUAACAACAAGGCUAACAAAAAGUGGCAUAUCUAUGAAAAUCUUUAAGCAGAAAAGGUACACCAUAAUAGCCGGUAUCAAAAGUGUUUUGAAAAAUAUUUGUACUCGAAUUUUUUCUGAUCUUGUGCAGAUAGCUCUAAGAAUCAAUAUCAACAGAGCUGGUACAUCACAAGGUAACAUAUCACAUAUAACUAUCCCUGGUUUUCCACACCCUUUGUUUGGUACCUUUGAUAUGACACCAAUGGAUACUGUGAGCCUAGACUUGUUUGAUGAGCGAAUAUGGACAAAGGGGCCCUGUGAUGAUGUUACUCCUGAUGAUAAAUCCAUGUUUGUAACAUUUUCUAGAGGUUUUCCAGUGUCAAGAGACGAGGUGAUAAAAUUGUUUACAUAUGCAUAUGGGAAUUGUUUGGAGGACUUAUCUAUGGGAAACCCUGAUGAAAAUAAGCAGUCUUUGUUUGCAAUGGUGGUUUUGAAAACCGUGGAAACAGUCGAUCAAAUUUUGAAUGGGAAACGCGUUGCAAAGCUUCGGAUAAAUGGAAAACACAUUUGGGUUCGCAAGUAUGAGCGUCGUGACUGA